AUGGGCUUGGCUAGCAGACUAUUGUCCAUGGCCCGUGAUGAGCGGGUCAUCUUAGUUGCUAUCGGCUGCGCCACGUUUGGACUCGUGAGCACGAUGGUCACAGCACUAACGCUCAUCCGGGACGACAACGAGAUGCCCCCCUCAGAACCAAAGACGCAAUACAUAACACAGGAAACAGAGGACGCGCUGAAGGACGGAACUCUCGAAAUGCUGCUGAACCACCCCAACUACUCGAUCAGAGAAGUCGCCACCAAGAUUCUCUGCGAUCGGGCCAUCAACGACCCCGACACGACGGACUAUCUGUUGUAUGGAAUCACAAGGCCAGAUUAUGGCGAGCGCAUGCGGUGCCUAAGAGCGCUUGCUCUGCUCACUGGGCAGACAUUGGGGCUCGAUGGGUUGGCGAAAAUGAACAACGAAAAGGCCUAUCGGGCCCUCGUGCGAUCGCUUGAGCUCAGCCUCGAGGACAGCGAGCCGCCUGACCUCAGCAACGCCCACUGGGACGAAUACUAUCUCCGUGACAUGGCAGAGCGGUUUUGUCUCAUGUUCAGCCUCGAGCUGAUCAACAAGUACGGCGCAACCAUGCUCGUCAAAGCCCAGUUUGUCGAGAGGUGGCUCGCGAAGCAGGAUUGGGGCGAGGGCCCCCAAGAGCGGCGUCGUAGGUUCAAAGAUUACAUGGACCUGAAAAGCAACAGGGUAGUCGAAAUCGUCAACCGUAUCAAGCAUCUCAAGCGCGGCCUGCGUGCCUUGGAAAAGGCUGGUUUGAUGGACAAGGAUAGCUCGAGGCGGCGCAUCCGGGAGUUGCCGGAUCUCAUCAUGGAGAUUGAGGAAGAGAUUGUGGCGGAGCAGCCUGCAGAACAGCAAUCUCGACGGACACGCGAGCAUUCCGCCGAGGAGCGAAGGUUACGACGACAACACAGGGAAGCCAUGGUCCUCAAUGAUGGCACGAGACCGCUGGGACGAGGAGACAUAAUUGAGCGGGACCAUGGGUCGCCGACUUAG